CCGAAAUGUUAAUAAGUGUCUUAGUGAGAAAUAGGACUCUAUGGCUAUACAUAUUAAGUGGAUUAUUAAACAUAGUUGUAGUAUAUAAACGAUAAAGUUUUUCUAUAGAAAGACUAGGUUUUUCGGUAUUUUAUUUACUAAUUUUUUUCCAUAUAAAGUGAGUAAAAACUGCAAAAAUGAACAACCAAGUACAAUUUGAUUUAGGUAGUGAAUUCGAAGGAAAUUAUAAAAGUUGUUUUGCCCGUUCUGUGGCAGUUAAUUCCCAGUAUAAACAAACAAAAUCUUUAGAUUUUAUUCAGCCCCUGCAAGACAAUAACAAUGCCCAAGAUGUUUCAAAGAAACCAUGUGCUGUCAACAGGCCCCUUGUCAUGGAAUCUCAAGAAGUUGUUAGGCUAAGAAAGAAUGCUCGGAAUAGUCUGGACGACACCCGACGAUUUUCCGGUAGCAUCAUCACCAGCAACAGAAGAGCCUCGAUCUGUUCCAGCCGAUUAUCAGAAAUUCCCGUAGAAAAUAUAAUGAGUCAGUCCAAAAUAGAAACGUUGCAAUGGCAACUGAAAGAGAUACAAAAGAGUAGGGAAAUGUACCAGGCGGUCAUGAAACAGGUUGUGACUUUUUUAGAAAAAGCUCAUCACAGUUUAGAACUUCUAGGGAAUCGGAUAAACAGGAAAAACUCAGUUCCCAGAUCAAAAAGUGAGCAUCAGAUACUAAAUGAAAAUAGCAACGGGAAUAACGACACUUCCACCUUAACGCCGGGGCUCAACAUGUGCAUGGACGAUUAUAUGGCAUUUAAAGAUUUUACGAGGAGGCUGCACAAGGAAGAGGAGCCCUCCCCAGAAGAAAUCCCUCCCGAGAAACUGGCGAAGGAAGCAUUUCGGCUCUUACGAACUGCUCAGUCUUUACUGAACACUCGAGAGCCAGAUCUCGCCCAAGUCAGCAACCAACCGGAAAAUGAUAUAGAAUUCUUGGCACAGCUCGCAAAAGAGUUCCCCACCCCUGAUCAUAAGCCUCAGAGAACCACCUCCUUUUCCCUUAGUCCCAAACUGAUUCUUCCCGAAACCGAAGUGAAAAUUUCCACUGCAUUUAAUAGAAAAUUGUCUUUGCAAUUGAGUGAGGUCAAGAGAAAUUCUGUGUCGAAGCAGAUGUUCAAGAAUGUCGACUCAGCUAGAGGGUCAGUAGCCGAAAGCGACACUGAGUUUCCCAAUGAUAACGGUGUUUUUAAUAAUACAAAAAACAAAUCGGAAAAAUCAACGUCCCCCGCAACUGGAAGUAUAAGUUCGGUAGAAGACGAGAGCGGAUUCUCUUCUAUGAACUCUUUUCAGGAAGUUGGGCUACCUACAAUUAAUUCUACAAUGACUGAUGAGGUUUGUACAAAGAAUGCCCUUCUCCGCAGUAUGCUACACAACAACACCGAUUACAGUUCCUUAAAUUUGUCACUGGAGCAAUAUUCAUCUGAUAACACUGUACUGUCAAAUAACACCUGCAACAAACAAGUGGAGCAGAAAAAGACUGUAAUAAGCGACUAUAAACUUUGGCAGAAACCAUCGUCUUCGUUGGCAUCUCCUCAGCAUAAAAGGUGGAACUCCACACCUUCUGAAGAGAUUGGAAGUCAGUCCCUAAAAGUGUUGUGGGUUUAAUAACAUGGAGGUACCGACCAACAAAUUUUCUUAAACCUGUUUUUUUUUAUAUAUAGUAAGUUUGUAGGCACAGGUACCUUCCAAAAAACAAGCCAUUUUCUGUAUAAAAUUUAAAUAAAUGUGAUAAAUUGUAAUUAUAUAUUUAA